CUGAGCCUCCGCAGUUUCCAAACUGUGAAUGAUCGCUGUUGCUCUCGCAAGCCGUAUUCGCACGUCGUAGAAAGGUGCUAGGCUCGUCGAAACAUUGCAGGGUCUGAUUGGUAGAAAAGCAGCAGCGAGAAAUGAAACGCAGAAAAAUAUUCGUGACAGUUUGUCCCGUCAUCCUACUGCUGGUGGUGGUAUCAAGUACCAGUAGCGUCCAUGCCAAACGAUCCAAAGUCACGACGAGCGUCUCUUCUAUCUCACAAACGAGAAGACGGGACUCCCUUCUAUUUCCUUUCUUAAUACUGCGAAGGAAUCCCAGCGUCUUGGGUUCUUUCCGCGAAAGUGUAAAAUUAUCGGGGGUCGGCUUGCGAGGGGGGUCCCAGGAAAAGCAAGAGCAUGAAGAAGGUCGCAAUCUAGCGGCUAGUUUGGAGAACAACAAGGCAGAUCCCGGGAUAAUCGAGAAAGAUACUGCUGGUAAACCGGAAGGUAAUGAAAAUAUAUACGAUGAAGCUCUGGAUACGACACUCAAAGCCAAUUCUAAUACGACGGCUAGGAAUCCUCGAACCGUUCAGGAAUCCGCAGUUGCUGUAGAUGGACAAAACAACGCAAAUGAUGACAAUGUAGAUUCUCAGGGCUUGGAGGGAAAUAUGGAUGAUGCGGCGAAGAAAAACACCGCAAUUCCAACGAACGAGCACUUGUCUACACUAGCGCAGGAAUCCGCAAUGCGGGAUUCCUUGCAAGUCUCGGAAUCCGAUACGGAGAGCUCGGAAAGAAAUGAAGACGAAGAUGAAGGAGGAGAAACUGCAACAUACUUAGAAAAUGUCCUCAACGAGGCUACCGUCUAUCGUCAGCAGGGUAAGCACUUUCAUGAUGAGGGUCACUAUGAAAACGCCGCCAACUGUUUUCGAGUUGCCGGUAAUUUAAUCCACCCCACCUUGCAAGAGUUUGACGACCUAAUGGAAGAAUUCGCUACCUGUCGUUUGCAUCAGGCAUUGUGUCACCUGAAAGCCGAAGAGUACGAAGCCGCCAAAUUAGCGUGUACGCAUGUUCUAGACGAUUGUUCUGGGGAUGCUUCUGUCAUGGCACCGGCGCUGCGGGCUCGUGCAUUCCACCGUAGGGCUAAAGCGGAGUUGGGUCUAGGCGAUAGUACGCUAGCUUUGCAAGACGCUCGGUCGGCUGCCUUCUUGGGCGACCGUAAGGCCGUCGCACUAUAUGGGAGACUCAUGAGAGAAUCGUCUCCGAUAGUCGGAAGAUCACCAGCAUCGCCAGAUAUUUUCACGGGAAGUGCUAUGGGGGAUUUAUCUACUUCAAGCUCACUGCUAGAGUCACUGCUGAGCAAGCCUUCGAGUCCGUCAAGGGGCAGCUCAGAUCCACUGGGUGAUGGCAUGUUUCCGGCUUCCCUAUUGAGUGGGUUGGGGACGGCCGGACCAACGGAUGGUGGUGGACUGGCAAAAUCUGUACUGUCGUCGCUCUCCAAGCGGCUGGAGGACGAAAACACCCAAGAAACAAUUUGUCGAUUUUUGCAGAACACCUCGGGUCCGCAACUACAACAGUUUGCCGUCAUGGCUGGUGUCCCCUUACAAUCGACACAAGCGACCAAAAUUGCUGCGUUUUGUCAAGGUGUGACGCCCAAACUCAUACGGAGAACGGUAAAGAGCACGAAACGGAUAGCGUACGUCGUGCAGCUGGUACGAAAGUCUUUACAAUUGUUGGCCAAGUACCGGAACGUUAUCAUUAUCUUAUGCAUCCUGGCGUGGGUCAAGAGUGCACUGUUGCGUCCUGUUCCAAUCGACAAGAAAGCGGCACGGCGGGCGAUCGAGGCAGCUGCCAAAGCAGCCACGACAGCCAUGUAAGCCGUGAGUGUGCUAUGAAACACUAUAUAUAUCUUACGCGGCGGGUAAAUUAAAAACGCGUUUUGGCUUGCU